AUGGAUGAGUUGUGCAAAGAAUUGGAUACGAUGCGAAAAUCGUCUUUUGAAGACAAUAAAAUCGCUGGUGAACGGGCCUGGCAAAUGAUCUGCGAGAAUCAAGAUAGAGCCUCUGUGCUCAAAGCACUUGAGUGUAGCCAAAACGCGAACACAAAGAAUAAUAUUGCCGACAAGUGUGGCGACGUCAAUUUUGGGAGUUGCAGUGAACUUGGGACUGCGCGUACCUGUCUGG